CAGUAAGAGAAGUGAGAUUGAACAUUCCUGGGGAAAUGUUUUAUCAAAGGAAAAGCUCGAGGGCCAGACGAUCAUUGAGGAAGUCAAAGAGAUUCAGUGCAAGUAUUUCGCGAAGGGAGUUGUCAAAAAGCAGAAGGUGGUCAGAGGAAGUUCACCCUGAGAUCCUGCCAAUUAAGGAAAAAUCACUUUCAACUCUUUCUUCCGAAGAAGUAAUAGGAAUCAUUACCAUGGAAGAUGUCAUUGAGGAGCUUCUAAAAGAGGAGAUCUAUGAUGAGACAGAUCAUGUUGAUGUCAAUUCCAUGUCUAGACUCGGCCGCGCAUCAGCAUAG